UGGUACCGCCAUGCAGUGUGCGACACGGAUCAAAUUUACAAUUGAAUUAUAAAUCCAUGCCGACGCUUUGUGACAUCUUAGUCUGAUAAAGUCUAUUUCCCAUGCAUGUUUUAGAGCACAGGGCUGCAAGAGACAUGGCAACAUCACUCGACUUACUUUAGUCUUGAUCUUUUUACAUCAAACCUGGGGUUAUAGAGAUUUCAUCUGAGCAAGUCUGAACAUGGCUCAAGUGGAAGCAUCCCACACAGAAGGGGAGGGCAGCCCCCAGUUGAUUUCCCUGAGGUCAGACAUGUCAGGCAGCCACACUGACAAUGCAGAAACUGGGCCUUCUGUGAGGAGGAAAAGGAGGAAAAAGAGAGAGCCACGGCCUGAGUCCAUCAUCGUGUACCGCUCGGAAAUCGAGAGGGCAUCAGAGGAGGACCAGGACUGGUGAGGAGGCCCCUGAGAGAAGCUCGAGGAGGGGGCCAAGUUCCUGUGUACACCAACUAAUGAAGGGGAAGGCUGGUCUCUUCCUCCCGACAGCCGCUACGUGACCCUGACCGGCACAAUCACUAGGGGUAAGAAGAAGGGUCAGGUGGUGGACAUUCAUUUAACACUGACUGAAAAGGAGCUCCGAGACCUGGCCAAGUCUAAGGAGCGCCUGGAUGCAGAGUGUGAGGCUGGGGAAGGCUUAAAACGCAACUGCAGUUUGGGGCUCUGCUCUGGACCCCAUGUUGUUCUUUGGAGUAUUUCCUGUUUCCCUGUGAUUUUUGUGCUGUCAUUCAUAACCUCUUUCUACUAUGGCACUCUUACCUGGUACAAUGUCUUUCUGGUGUACAAUGAGGAGCGGACGUUUUGGCAUAAGAUCACCAUUUGCCCCUUUCUUAUAAUUUUCUACCCUAUGCUGAUCAUGCCCCUAGCACUGUCUUUAGCACUGUACUCUGCGGUGGUACAGGUGUCGUGGGCAUUCAGCGAGUGGUGGCAGGAUGUACGGGACCUGGAGAAGGGCUUCUGUGGUUGGGCGUGUGGGAAGCUUGGACUAGAGGACUGCUCCCCAUACAGUAUUGUGGAGCUGCUGGAUUCGGACACUGUCUCAAGCACUCUGCAAAGCAAAGCCCCAAGUGAAUUUGCCCAGACAUCAUCAGUGUAAAAUAAGCUCAGGCUAGAUUCAAUGGGAACGUAAAUAGUGUUACCAGUCUAAUUUAUAUUAUUGUAAUCUUUUUGAUUUUACAUUUGUCAA